UAUGAUGUGAACGUCGUCCUGGAAAUGAGCGGAAACAACUUCGCGCACGACUCGGUUCGGCCGCGGAGCGCAUGGCGGAGCUGUGGAGCGUCAACGCGAGCGCGCCUUGGAACGACUCCGAGGCGGGCAAGGAGCGCGUGAGCGGCGCAGACUUGCCCUCGGACGGCUCUCCCGCUGUGCGCGUGCUCGUCUCGGUGGUGUACUCGCUGGUGUGCGCGGCGGGCCUGGCGGGAAACCUGCUGGUGCUCCUGCUCGUCAGGGUGCGCGACCGAGGCGGCGGAGGGAAGCGGCGCGCCACCAUCAACCUGUUCAUCGUCAACCUGGCCGUGACCGACCUUCAGUUCGUGCUGACGCUGCCUUUCUGGGCGGCGGACACCCUGCUGGACUUCAGCUGGCCGUUCGGCCACGCCAUGUGUAAGGUGGUGCUCAGCGUGACCGUCAUGAACAUGUACGCCAGCGUCUUCUUCCUCACCGCCAUGAGCGUGACGCGGUACUGCUCCGUGGCAUCCGCGCUGCCGGAGCCCGCCGCCGGGCAGGGGCGUGCGUGCGGCGCGGUCUGGGCGGUGGGCGCGCUGUGGGCGGCGGCCACCUUGGCCACCGCACCUACCGCCAUCUUCUCCACGGUGAGGCAGGUGGCGGGGGAGCGUCUGUGCCUCCUGGACUUCCCGGAAGGAGAGACGUGGCUCGCUCUCUACCACCUGCAGAAGAUCCUGGUGGCCUUCGUGCUCCCUGCCCUGGUGGUGUGCGCCUGCUACCUUCUGCUCCUGCGCCUGCUGCGGGCGCGCACUUUGAGCGGCAAGCAGGGGAGGCGGCGAGCGCGCGUCACGCGCUCCGUGACACUGGUGGUCGUGUCCUUCUUCAUGUGCUGGAUGCCCAACCACGCCAUCACGCUGUGGGGGGUUCUGGUCAAGUUCAACCUGCUUCACUGGGACCGGGCUUACUACCUGGCGCACACCUACGUGCACCCGCUCAGUGUGUGCCUGGCGCACACAAACAGCUGCCUCAACCCGGUUCUCUACUGCCUCAUGCGUCCGGAGUUCCGCGCCAAGCUCAAGGACAUGUUCUGGAAGAUGGCGUCCCCUGCUGCACCCCGAUCCGCCGCCACCGCGCGCGCACGACCCAGUGACGUCGCCGUUCCGCUUAACAAUGUGGACACGGAGAACUGCCGUCUGUCCGUCCUGACGAUUCACUGUGACCCGGUCCUGACGCUGGAGCCGCACGCCAGGGAAGGCGGCUCAGAUGUGGAUGUUUUGAUGAUGAACACUGAAAUGUUUGGACAGGAAGCAACUUAAAGUUAAAGUACCACUGAUAGUCGCACACACACUAGGUGUGGGGAAAUUAACCUCUGAGUUUGACCUAUCCCCUUCUUCCGCCCCUUGGGAGGUGAGGGGAGCAGUGAGCAGCAGCGGUGGCCGCGCUCGGGAAUCAUUUUAGUGAUUCAACCUGCUCAGUGGCCUUGUGGUUAUAGUGUCCGCCCUGAGAUCGGUAGGUCGUGAGUUCAUACCAAAGACUACACUGUAAAAAAAAAUUCGGUAAAAAAACGGUCAUCCACUGGCAGCUACGGCUGCCAAACGAAAACCAUAAAAUUAAAGUAAAACAUUGUAGACCAAAUAAUGAUCAAAAACAUUAUAUUUACAGAAAUUUUCAUGAAUCGUUUUGCAGAAAAAUAUUGUCAUUUUGCAGAGUUCUACUAAAUGAUUAAGCUCAACCACCUUUAAUAAAGUGACUAUGCAAACAGUUCUGCAGAAAAAUACCUUUAUUCUACAGUUUUUCCAAAUUGUGACGAUCAACCACCUUUAGUGAAAUGACAAUGAUGGCAGAUCCGCAGAAAAAUACCAUUAUUUUACCGAUUUUUUCUGAAUCGUUAAGAUCCUUUUGAAGAUUAACAUGACUUUGAAAGUAAUUUUAGAAAACAGAAAAUUCUACGUAUAACCAAUUUGUUAUUUUUCUGUUAAAAUUUUUUUAAAUAUACAUAGUUUGUCAUUACUGGCAUAUUACUUAAAAUAACAGGCGGGAUAUUUAUUUACGGAUAAUAUCUUAAAUUCCACAGUUUUAUAACCUAUUUAAAAAAAAUAGAAAAAUUACAGUAUAAAUUUAGAGUAAAUUAACCAUAAAAAUAUGAUUUUUUUUUGUACAGUGUAUAAACAUGGGAGCCAUUGCAUCCCUGCUUGGCACUCAGCAUCAAGGGUUGGAAUUGGGGGUUAAAUCACCAAAAAUGAUUCCCGAGCGUGGUCACCGCUGCCGCUCACUGCUCCCCUCCCCUCCCUGGGGGUGAACAAGGGGAUGGGUCAAAUGCAGAGGUUAAUUUCACCACACCUAGCGUGUGUGUGUGUGUGUUUGUGUGUGUGUGUGUGUCAAUCAUUGGUACUUUAAUUUAACCCGCAAUUCCAACUCUGCUAAAGACGUCACACCUGAACCCGCAUGGGGCCUUCCAGACAACAGUCGGACAUUUUUAAUUGAGGAUUGGAGGCAGAAUUUAUGCUCACAAACUCGCUGAGAUGUGAAGUAGGAAUGCGGUGUCACAAGUUAAUGGCGGCGGAAGAUGCAAAGUGUAUUUAUUGGUUAGAAUUGACCACAAGCUGUCCUCUCAUCAUGUGUGAACUUUAUAAAAAGGAGGCUGCUAAUAAAAAUAAUGUUUUGUGCUCGUUUUACUUCAACUUGUAUUGGAUGAUGUCGCUCACCUUGUUUGGUGGUGUGAUGAGUUCAAGAACUACGAUUUUAGCUAUUGGUCAGCAUGUCCGUCAGGAAGAAAAUGAAGACAGAGAUAAACAAUCAACAUAAUGUAACGAACAAAUAGUUGUAAAGACCAAAAUUUAGCAUGUUGAUGCGGAACAGGACUUUUUUAGACAUUCUGAAAUUCUUCACAGUUAUAAAAACUGACUCCAGGGACGAGAUUUAGGCAAAUUUGACUUCAACAGCUGACUUAAAUCUCUCGACCAUUGGACGGGCUCAUAUGGAACAAUUUCCCCAAUUUUACUAAUUUAUAUUCGGUAGUCUCAGUACAGUCCUUCAAUUUUUUCAUUUUGUACGAUCUAUUUCUAUCCAGUUUGUUGCUCUCUCUAACAUUACUGAGCGUACAGGACAGUAAUGUAAACCAAAGCUUUGGCCAACAAAAAUGGCUACGGUCAAUUGAGGGUUAAAUCACAAAAAAAGGAUUCCUGAGCACGGCCACCGCUGCUGCUCACUGCUCUCCUGCACCCACAAUGCAAUGCGAAAUAAAAUACCCUUUUGAACCCUAUGGGGGGGGUGGAGAACUUCAAACUCAACCUGGAUUAUUUUUUACUUUGGAGUUUCAAAAGUUGCUACACAUCAGGGUUGUACGGUAUACCACUAAUGGUAUAUAGUAUCGCAGUACUAAUGAAUCAAAAAUGGAUCUAUACUAUGUUUGAAAAGUCAUGACAUUGCUGGUUUUAUGAGCAGAGGAGCAUGUUCAGCAGCGCACAUAAAAUGAAGAAAUAGAUAAACAAUCAACAUAAUGUAACGAACAAAUAGUUUUACGGACCAGAAUUUUGCAUGUUAAUUGGGAACAGGACUUUUUUACGCUUGUU